AUGAACAACGGCGAUGAUUUUUUUUCUUCUCUUCAAGAUCAUUAUGGGACUUUUUAUCAACCCGAUUUCAAUCACCUUAUCGGCAAUACGGACUACAGUCAACAAUUCAACGAGAAGAUGAACAACGACGAUGAUUUUUUUUCUUCUCUUCAAGAUCUUUAUGAGACUCUUUAUGAAGCCGAAUGGGCCUAUCAUGUGACACAAGAAAAAGCUGAACACCCACAACCCGAUUUCAAUCACCUUAUCAGCUAUACUGACUACAGUCAACAAUUCAACGAUCCCUAUUUCACAAUGAAUGGCAUUUUCUUCGGCGUUACCCUUUUUGAUGGAGAGACACCAUCUGAAAGCCCUUAUCCAAUGACUGGUGAACCUGGAGACGACCAUUGGCGGGUCAAAGUCUCCCUUCAAACUUUCAAUAAACACAAAUUUUUCUACUGUUUGAAUCCACCGAAAUCCCGUUCUGGGAUCCAUCAAGUGACACUGGUUCUUGCAAAAAACCCAUCCGACCUGGAAUUGGUCUCUCGUUUAAGCUGUGUGCAAGAAAUUGAUGCAUCGGAUAAUCCAUUUCUCCGACGAUCGGAUAAUCUAUUUCUCCACAAAUGGGAUUCGAUAUUUUGUGAGUCUCUUUGUAGUGAAUGGAGUUCAAUUGGAGCAUGCAAAUCA